AUGGUAAAUUAUAAGGUAUCCUACCCUGAAACCAUAUUCCAACUUUCUGGAGUUCCCUUUAGGUCCUCGAAUCACAGCUCGGGGCUGAGGCUGCAGGCUGAGACAGCAGCCCGGGCCUCCGAGGUGGAGCGUCUGGAGGGUACCCUGCGAGGACAAAGGUCGGAGAUUGACGCACAGAUCGUUUCUCUUCAGAGCGCCAACCUCGAGCGUCAGGAUUCCGUCAAGGAGCUUGGCCCGGCCAUGAAGGCAUUGGUUGCCGAGGAGCGAGACGCCGCGCAAAAGCAGCAUUCCCAACUCCUUGACCGCAUCACCCAGCUCACCACUCGUGUGGACGCAGAGAUCGUGGAGCGGCGCCAAACCGACGAGCGAACCGGGGGCAAGCUGGAGACCUUGCAGGAGGCCCUUGGUCGCGAGCAGCGUGCCCGUGAGGCGGCCAUGAGCGAGAACGGCCGGGCAGUCGGGACUUUGGCCACGCGACUGGACGGGCAGGAGAAGGCGCUUCCAGAGCUGGACGCCGCGAUCAGGGCCGAGGUUUCCAAGUUAGAAGACUCCAUGGCCUCCUUCCGGCAGGAGGAGCGGUCCGCACGGGAGGUGGCAACUGCGGACCUCUCCGGUGCGCAGGCGCGGAAGCACGAAGCGAUGACGGAGGAGAUCCGAAGAGAGCACGCAGCCCACAAGGAGGAGACGAAGAAGCUUCAGGGAGGCAGGAAAGUCACCCAUUACUCCUUCUCAACAUCCACUUGCUCCCCUGAUGGAACAACGGUUGAUUUGUCAGGAAAGCCGGAAGUGGGCCUUGACGAUGGUCGAACGUUCGACGAGUUGAACCGGCGCUGCCAGGAGGUGUCCACGCUGAGCGCGCAGCAGAUGCGGGCCGAGCUUGCUGUGGAGGUCAAGCGGCUGGACCAGGCCUUGCCUGGGCUCGAGGAGAAGUUCAAGGUGCUUCUGGCCCAGGAACGAUGCCACCACGAGCACCAAGCCCAGGUGGCCGCCCAAGAGGUGAAGGCAGCGCUCGAGGCGCACGGUGAGUUGGCCGAAGCACUGGAAAGCGAGCAGCGGCUAGUGGUCCAGCGCCUUACAGAAGGAGCGGCUGUUUGUUGGGGAGAUCCUGAGUUUGGUCCGGAUCAGAAGAAAGCUCGAAGCCAGCUUGUUGACGGCAUCGUCCAUAUCUGCCCGUCGGCAGCUGCUUUCGCUGCACUGAAGAACACGGGCUCAAUGGCUGCUCUCAAAGAAGAUGGUACGGUAGUUUGCUGGGGUAACCCUCAAUCGGGUGGAAACGCCGCAGCUGUAGCAGGGCUUCGAGCAGUCAAGGAGCUUUGCGCAACAAGGGCUGCGUUUGCAGCAUUGAAAGAGGAUGGAAGCGUGCAUGCCUGGGGAGACGAAAAACAUGGGGCUGAUACAACAGCGACUGAAAGCAUCCUCUCUUCUGGUGUCACGAAGCUGUUUGGCAACAACGUCUCCUUCGCUGCCAUCAAAAGUAACGGCGGUAUUGUCUCUUGGGGCGACCCUGCACGUGGUCCGCCCUUGGUGCAUCCCAGAGUGCCCGAUGUCAAAGGAAUCUACGGGACGAAGUUCGCCUUUGCCAUGUUAUGCCAAGACGGGGAUGUCAUCACAUGGGGUGACCCAUCUUGUGGUGGAGACAGUUCGGCUAUUGAUGCGCAGCUCAAGGAAAUUGCCAAAGCCGUGUAG